AAAAAAUAGAAUACCUAUGAAAAUAGUUGUUAUAGGACAUGUUGAUUCUGGAAAAUCAACUACAAUAGGGCAUUUAAUUUAUAAGUUAGGUGGAAUAGAUUAAGAAACUAUAAAAUAAUUUGAAGAGGAAGCUAAUAAAAUUGGUAAAGGAUCAUUUAAAUAUGCUUGGGUUUUGGAUAAUCUUAAAGAUGAAAGGGAAAGAGGGAUUACAAUUAAUACUUCUUUCAAAAAUUUUAAAUCAAAAAAAUAUGAUUAUAGUGUGAUUGAUGCACCAGGACAUAGAGAUUUCUUAAAAGGUAUGAUAACAGGAACAUCAUAAGCAGAUGUAGCUUUAUUAAUGAUUUCUUCAAGUGUUGGUGAAUUUGAGGAGGGUAUAUCUCGAUAAGGAUAAACUAAAGAACACAUAUUAUUGGCUUAUUAACUUGGAAUUAAAUAAAUAAUUUGUGCAAUAAAUAAGAUGGAUGAUAAAUCAGUAAAUUAUUAACAAUAAAGAUAUGAUGAAAUAGUUAAAGAAUUAAAAAUUUAUUUAAAAAAAAUAGGAUACAAUGAAAACAAUAUUCCAUUUAUACCAAUUUCUGGCUGGAAUGGUGAUAAUAUGUUAAAUCCAUCACCCAAUUUAUUAUGGUAUCAUGGUCCAACUCUAUUCGAAGCAUUAGAUACAGUAAUACCACCUUAUAGACCAAUAGAUAAACCAUUAAGACUUCCAUUAUCAGAUGUAUAUAAAAUAGGUGGUAUUGGAACUGUUCCAGUAGGAAAAGUAUAAACUGGUGUAUUAAGAUAAGGUAUGAUUCUUUAGUUUGCACCAUCUGGUAUAGUAAGUGAAGUAAAAUCCUUAGAAAUUACGCAUUCAGAUUAUUAUGAGGCAAUACCUGGAGAUUAGAUAGGUUUCAAUGUUAUAAAUGUAUCAGUUAAAGAUUUAAAAAGAGGAUAUGUUGCUUCUGAGUUAAAGAAUGAUCCAGCAAAAGAAUGCAUUUCAUUUAUUGCUUAAGUAAUUAUAGUAAAUUAUCCUGAUAAAAUUUCAAAUGGAUAUUGUCCAAUAAUAGAUUGUCAUACAGCACAUGUUGCAUGUACAUUUGAUAAAAUAAUAUCUAAAAUUAAUAGAAGAACAGGUAGAGUAAUAGAAGAGGAACCUAAAUUUAUUAGAUCAGGAGAUUGUGCUAUUAUUAAAUUGAUACCAACAAAACCUUUAUGUGUUGAAGUGUUUUCUGAAUAUCCACCAUUAGGUAGAUUUGCUGUAAAAGAUAUGAAAUAAACUGUUGCAGUUGGUAUUAUUAAAUCAGUUGAAAAAAAAGAAAUGCAAAUAAUUAAAUGAG